GUCUAAACCCGAAAGACAGGUAUAUAGGUGUAUCAGGAAGGUACUGGCAAAGGUGUAUCAGGAAGGUACAGGAUUUGCUCCGUCGAAGUUGUAACCUUGGCUGCGUCCGAAGCUUUAUUAUGUGUGGCUAACUCGUUGAUUUCUUCAUUUCGAUGCUCACAUUUUAACCAGUGCAAUGUCUAAGGAGGAGAAUACAGCCAACCGGCCGGAUAACACUGCCUUCACCCAGCAGCGCCUGCCCGCCUGGCAGCCCAUGUUGUCUGCUGGCAUUGUGAUUCCAGGAUUUGUUAUCAUUGGGGUGGCCUUCAUUGGAAUUGGAGUGGCUCUUUUUGUCACCUCACAGAACAUCCAAGUAUUGGAGAAAGACUACACUGGGAUAGAGACAAACUCAUCUUGCUUCAAGUGCACAAACCCGAGGGUCAAGAACUGCAAUUGCACCAUCAACUUUUCUCUGGACAAGUUGUUUGAGGGGCCGGUCUUUGUUUAUUAUGGACUGUCCAACUACUUUCAAAACUACAGGAAGUAUGGCGCUUCCAAAGACGCCGCCCAGUUGACUGGUGACCUAGCUUACUUUACGGAGCCCAGUACAUCAUGUGUUCCCUACCAGAGAGAUGCCAAAAACAAACCAAUUGUACCUUGUGGCUCCAUAGCAAACAGCAUGUUUAAUGACACUUUCAAGCUCUUCCAGAUCGUCAAUAGUGGAAAUGUGGCGGUUCCUUUAGAUGGAAAGGGAAUCGCUUGGUGGACGGAUUACAACAUCAAGUACCGCAACCCGACUACCAAUCCUCUCAAAAACGCAUUCAAUGAUACCGUGAAGCCUAUAUUCUGGCCAAGGCCUGCCUAUGAGCUAGAUACCACAAAUGCAGCCAACAACGGCUUCAUCAACCAGGACUUCCUGGUUUGGAUGAGAAGGUCAGCCUUGCCAAACUUCAGAAAGCUGUACAGACGAAUCACGGAGGGAGAGUACGCAAAGGGCCUACCGGCAGGGGAUUAUGCCCUUGUAAUUGGUUACAAUUACCCCGUGAAGGCUUUUGACGGGAGAAAGAAGGUGGUUUUCAGCAACGUGUCUUGGAUGGGUGGAAAGAACCAGUUCCUGGGUAUUGCCUAUCUGGUCAUUGGCUCCCUAUGUGUCGUAAUGUCAAUCGUCAUGCUCAUUGUCUAUGCUAAGUUCAAGUUCCCAGAUGAAGAGUAAUUCAGCAUGUGUCCAUCAAUUGGCCACACAGAACUCGCUAGCAAUUGUCCAAAAAACCUAAACAAAUCUGGGACUGUAAUCACGUCAAAUGUUUUCAUUAACAAGUGAAGAGGUCCAUUCAAGAGUCAGAAUGGACAAUCAGACAUUUGUUUUCUUGCGUCAAUGGUUUUUAGUGAUGGGAAUCCAUGGCAAAGCCUACUGUAGGCACCGUGUGGAGUGUGCAGAGUUGAAAAAUCAUGGUAGUUUAUGGUGGACGUAUGAAGUAUAGGACAGUUGUCGGGUAUAAAAUACACCGCCCUCUAUUUUAGGUUCGUUUUUAAAUUAAAUGCAUUCAAUGACUUUACUUU